AUAAAUAUAUUUUAAUCUAUAAUUCCAAACAUAUGUUGACAAAAAUAUGAUGGGUAACUUGACAUAGACUACAAUAAUUAUUGCAAUUUCUCCAAAUAAAUAAAAAGCCAAUUUUCCACAUGUUACUUUUAUCUCUCUCUAGUCUCUAGAGAACGCCUGUGAUUCUCCGCAAGCAGUUUUCACGGCAACAGAAGGUCUCUUCAAAGUCUCUUCAAGUGAAGUUCCUCAGGAACUCCAAGAACCAGUAAGGCGAAACGAACCCUAAAACCAUCUGGGCUUCUCUUUUCUAACUCCCUCCAUUAAUCGUCCUGUACUUCAAUGGGGUGCUUUAAAACUUCAAAAGUUGCAAUCUUGCUGGGGUUUUUGCUGCUAAUUUCUUCUGAAUUAGUGGUGGGGCGAUUUGUGGUGGAGCGCAACAGCUUGAGGGUAAUAUCUCCAGAGAGCAUAAAAGGGACUUAUGAUAGCGCCAUUGGCAAUUUUGGUAUCCCACAGUAUGGGGGAAGCAUGGCUGGGACUGUGAUUUAUCCCAAGGAUAAUGAAAAAGGGUGCAAAAGCUUUGGUGAUACUGGGAUUUCUUUUAAGGCUAAACCUGGGGCUAUGCCUAAUUUUGUUCUUGUUGAUCGUGGAGACUGCUUUUUCGCGCUAAAAAUAUGGAAUGCCCAAAACUCGGGAGCUGCAGCUGUCCUAGUGGCCGACAACCGAGACGAAGCUUUGAUCACAAUGGACUCGCCCGAAGCCAGCGGCUCGUCUGCCGAAUACAUCGCCAACAUCACAAUCCCUUCUGCACUCAUCGACAAAGAUUUCGGGGAGAAACUGAAGACAGCUGUGAAUAAGGGCGAAAUGGUCAACAUAAAUCUCGACUGGCGUGAGGCCGUCCCUCACCCGGAUGAUCGAGUCGAAUACGAGCUCUGGACAAACAGUAAUGACGAGUGUGGAAUAAAGUGUGAUAUGCUGAUGAAGUUUGUAAAAGAUUUUAAGGGCUCGGCUCAGAUUCUUGAAAAGGGUGGGUAUACUCAGUUCACGCCUCAUUACAUUACUUGGUAUUGCCCGCAUGCGUUUACUUUGAGCAAGCAGUGUAAAUCUCAGUGCCUUAACAAUGGGAGGUAUUGUGCACCUGACCCGGAAGAGGAUUUUAGCUCGGGAUAUGAUGGAAAGGAUGUUGUGUUGGAGAAUUUGAGGCAGCUUUGCGUGUUUAGGGCUGCUAAGGAGGAUAAGAAGGCGUGGGUUUGGUGGGAUUAUGUUACGGAUUUUCAGAUUCGGUGCCCGAUGAAGGAGAAGAAGUACAAUGGGGAGUGUGCCGAGAGUGUUAUUAAAUCUCUGGGGCUGGAUCUGAAGAAAAUCGAGAGAUGUAUGGGCGAUCCGAAUGCUGAUUCGGAUAAUCCUGUAUUGAAAGAGGAGCAGGAUGCUCAGAUUGGGAAAGGUUCGCGUGGAGAUGUAACGAUUUUACCAACCCUUGUCGUGAAUAAUCAUCAAUAUCGAGGGAAAUUGGAGAAAGGUGCUGUCUUGAAGGCUAUAUGUGCUGGUUUUGAGGAAACUACCGAGCCAUCAGUUUGUUUGGGCGAUGAUGUGCAGACAAACGAGUGCUUGAACAAUAACGGUGGCUGUUGGGAAAACAAGAUUGCUAAUAUCACAGCUUGCAAGGAUACUUUUAGAGGACGAGUUUGUGAAUGCCCUUUAGUCAACGGUGUUCAGUUUAAGGGAGAUGGUUACAGUUCUUGUGUUGCAAGUGGGCCCGGGCGCUGCAAAAUAAGCAAUGGAGGCUGUUGGCAUGAUAAGAGGAACGGGAUAACUUACACAGCUUGUGAUACUGAGGGGGGAAAAUGUCAAUGCCCUCCAGGACUUAAAGGUGAUGGUGUUAAUAGCUGUGAAGGGAUUGGAUGGGGCUUCUGGAAGAAGAUACACUCGUAUAUGGACUCAGAGAUAAGGGCAAUUAUGGGACAAUACAUGCCCCUCGACGGUCAAAAUGAAGUCCCGAGUCAUAUGAAUGAAGACCGUGCUUGA